AUGUCAAAAGAAAAUAGACAUACGGAUGAACGAAUAUCACAUAUUUUGAGUCUUUUGAGGGCUAGGAAAUCAAUGCUGAGCACAACUUCAGACCCAGAAGGUGGGUACGAAGAUAUUGAAAAUGGUAAUAUGAUUGAUAGAGAUGUUCUUUUGAAUAAAGUUAAAUUUAUGCUCACUUCAAAACCUAUAGCAGAAAAUUCUACUGAAUGGAAUAGCUCUAAGAGUCAAAUUGAGACUGAAUCAAGAAUUGUUGCAAUAUACAAGAACUUACUGGAUGUACGAAGAAGUCAUCAGGAUGAUGGAAAAUUAUUUGUAAAGAAGCAUGCACAGUAUGUGAAAAGAUGCUUGGAGAUGCCUCUACCCCAUUAUCGUCUGUUGGAUGCGAAUCAUGGGUGGAUGCUAUAUUGGUUGAUAAACUCUGAUAAAAUUCUUAAGGAACCUAUUACUCACGAGAUAAAGAUUCUUGUUACAGAUAAAGUAAGAAGACUAGUAAUAAAUAAUGGUUUGGGUGGAAUAGCUGGAGGAGCAAAUCAAAUUGGGCACUUAGCAAGCGCAUACGCGUCAGUAUUGGCUUUGGUUCUCGUUGAGGAUUUUGUUACACUUUCACAGAUCAGACACAAUAUAUAUGAGUGGCUAAUGAGUCUUAAAAAUUAUGAUGGCUCUUUUUCGAUGCACAAUGAUGGGGAAAGAGAUACAAGAUCGACAUAUUGCGCAUUGGUGAUCGCCUCCUUAUUGGAUAUCUUGAGUGAUGAGCUUGUACAAAAUACUUUAGAAUGGAUUCAAAAGUGUCAAACAUUUGAAGGAGGAAUAGCAGGUAGCCCUGGGACUGAAGCUCACGGUGGCUAUACCUUUUGUGGAUUUGCUAGUUACUUUCUUCUUUUAGGAAGAUAUGAUGAUAUCCAAGAAUCGUUAAAAAACACACUAGACGUCGAUUCUCUACUCAGAUAUGUGAGCAUGAGACAGUAUCAGAUAGAAGGCGGUUUUAGUGGAAGGACAAAUAAACUAGUGGAUGCUUGUUACAGCUUUUGGAUUGGCGCAGUUUUUCCUAUGCUUGAAUCGGUUAUAAGAAAGAACAUCUUGUUUGAUAGAGAAUGUUUGAAAAUUUAUUUGUUAGAAUGUGCACAGCUGCAAGAUGGUGGAUUAAGAGAUAAACCAGGAACUUCAGUUGACUUCUAUCAUACGAAUUAUUCUCUAUGCGGACUAAGCCUUUGUGAACACCACUAUGAAUUGAAAGGAAGCACAGAUAAAAAAAUCGAUCACUACGCAUAUUCAUUCAGGUCAAAAGAAAAGGAUCUAGACACCGAAACCCAAGCAAUUCACCCAGUUUUUGGUAUUCCUAUAAAUGCAGUAGAAAACUGCAGAAUUUAUUUUCAGAAUCAUCUUCACUGA